GCUCAUUAACGCAUCAGUCCAGGUCUGUCGAGGAGAUAUCAUCAUGGUGCGGCUGUGCUGCUGGGGGGACAGCUCCAGUGGACAGUUCGGGGCUCAAAAGGCCUUAAGUCCGAUUUCUUGGACUGUUUCGGGGGUCAUCACCGAAAUCUGCUGCGGGGAGCAGCACACUUUAUUCCUCUCCAAGGAUGGAAGCGUUUUGUCAUGUGGCCUUAACUCUCAGGGAAGACUUGGACGAAAGAAAUGCAAAGACGCGAAGACGCCAGGACGUGUGGAGGGGCUGGGUGAAGUGGUGUCCAUUGCAUGUGGUAGGGAUCACUGUCUAGCUCUGUGUGUGUCUGGACAUGUGUUUUCCUGGGGGUCGAAAGAAGACGGACAACUUGGCAUGUUACCACGUCAUCAGAGCAACAGCCAUAGACCAAGCCGUGUGCCCAUACCAAUGCCAGUACCUAUUGUUCAAGUCACCUGUGGAAACGUCCACUCUCUGGCACUGACUAAAGGGGGAGAUGUCUUCACUUGGGGUCAUAACACACAUGGUCAGCUGGGCCUGGGGAAAGCUGUGUCCCUUCAGUACACACCUGUCUUGGUGACAGCCCUGACCGGUGUGGCAGUGACCCAGAUUUCAGCUGGAGCGACCCAUUCCUUCUUCCUCACACUGCCCGGCCUGGUGUACUGCUGUGGGGCCAACAAAUAUGGCCAGCUGGGACUAAACAGGGUGGAUGAGAAAGGACGAUUUAACAUCUGUGUGGUACCUGCAUUAAGACCUCUGGAUGUCUCUUUCAUAAGUGGUGGAGAGGCUCACUCUGCUGUUUUAACAAAGGAUGGCAAAGUUUUCACUUUUGGAGAAGGACGCCAUGGUCAGCUCGGUCACAACUCCACUGACAAUGUAACAGCACCCAAAUUGGUAGAAGGUCUGGAAGAAGCUGCCUCACAGGUUUCAUGUGGCAGACGCCACACUCUGGUGCUGGGCUCCUCUGGCCAGCUGUGGGCUUUUGGCAAUGGGGCUAAAGGUCAGAUUGGGGAUGGAGGCACAGGGGACAGACUGAUCCCCACUCACAUACAACUUCCAUGGACCAAUGACAGUGAAGCAGAAAAACCCAAAGACCUGAAAAUAUCAACUGGUUGGGAUGCAAAUUUUGCUUUCCUGUCACCCACUCAGAUCUUGGACAGAGGAAAGAUAAUAGGACGGCUUGAUGAGGCAAAACUGCAAAAACUGUUGUCAGAGAGACCCCAAAACGCAGAGGCUAAGAGAGAAAUAUGUGCAAUGUUUUUCACCGGUUCCAGUCUUGUUGCAAGUUUCACAAAGAAAAAUGGGUCUGCAAGAAAGGCAGGUGCUCUAACCGUGGACCUUGAAGAAGCCAGCAGAGUUUUUGACCAGCUGCUGGCAGUGCCAUGGAUCAAACAAACAGUAAAUCUAAAGGUCCUGGCUGACUUACUUGUGGCUUCAAGAAAUGACAUGAAGUCACUGGAGGUCAUCUUGCUUCUGCUGCUGUGUCCUCUUCUCCUGGAGGACUCUCAAGUCAUUAAUACGGUCGUGCCUUUGGCUAUUGUCAUCGCCGAUCUAAGUGAGAAGAAUCGUGAAACUUUAAAGGGCUUGUGGUCUUCUCUGACUCCUGAUUUACUAACCAGACAGAUCCUGGUGUUCAGAAAUGCUGUGGCCUUCCUGCUUAGGAACGGCCUCUUCCAAACUUACAACCCAGGAGUCAGAUUCCUGCUGGAGGCCCUCAAGCUGCUCUACAGAGCAAACAAAGCUGGAAAGUCCUACAGAGUUCCCCUGAGCACCUUUUACAUAGAAGAAGUCAGUAAUGUAGACCCAGUUUAUGAUGUCGCUCUUUGGGCCCAGUAUGCUAUGAUAGAGCAUGAUGAAAACAUUCCAGCCAUUUUCUGCCAUUAUCCAUUCGUGUUCACUCUGGCUCACAAAGUUGCAGUCUUUAACAUCUCUGCCACCAUGUUAAAGAAAGGACAACAACUACUGCAUGAAGCGGCUUUGAGGAUGCCUGAACAGAUGCGUAAAGUUCCCCUAGAAACCUCAGCCCCAGUCUUCCAGCUGACUCUGAGACGUGCUCACCUGCUGGAGGACACCUUCAGACACCUCGCUGCAGCUGACCACUCUGCCUUCCAGAGGGAGCUUCUGGUGCAGUUCAAGGAUGACAGGAAGCUGAUGAAUGUCAACAAAAACGACCUCUUCCUGAACGUGUUUGAUGAGCUGAUUGCUCCAGAGUCUGAAAUGUUCAUGUACAACGAGAGCAAGACUCUGCUCUGGUUCCCCUCUAAGCCUAAAAUGGAGAAGAGGAGGUACUUCCUCUUUGGUGUUUUGUGUGGAAUGGCUCUCUACAACCACAAUAUCAUCCAUCUGCCUUUCCCCCUGGUGCUCUUUAAGAAGCUGCGUGGCCUCAAGCCCUCGCUGGAUGACAUGAAGGAGUUUGACCCCGUGAUGGGAGAGUCUUUGCGGUGCAUACUGGAGGACUACACUCCUGAUGAGGUGGACAAGCUGGGAAGCACUUUCACUGUGCCUUGGGAUGGUGAGCAAGUUGAGCUUGAUCCAAAAGAACCUGGAAAAUGUGUCACAGCAUCAAACAAAAAAGAGUUUGUGAACACCUUUGUUGACUAUGCCUUCAACAAGUCAGUGGAGGUAAUAUUUGAAGAGUUCAGACGUGGGUUCCUCAAGGUGUGUGAGUACGAUGUGAUGGACUUCUUCCAGCCAGAGGAGCUGCAGGCUGUGAUGGUGGGCCACGAAAACUAUGACUGGGAUGUAUUCAAGCAGAACACCGUGUAUGAAGGAGACUACCACCCUGAGCAUUCAAAUAUCAUUAUCUUCUGGGAGGUGUUUGAGAAACUGACAGCUGAGGAGAAGAAGAAAUUCCUCUUGUUUCUGACAGGCACAGACCGUGUCCCCUUCCUGGGCAUGGAGAGCAUCAGGAUGAAAGUUGCUGUUCUUCCUGAUUCCAAUGAGACCCAUUGUCCGGAGUCUCUCACCUGCCACACUCUGCUUCUGCUGCCCAUCUACCAGAGGUACCCUGUGGAGGAGACAAUGCACUCGCGCCUCCUUCAGGCUAUCAACCACAACAGAGGCUUCAGCAAAGAAAACGAUGCAGAGUAAAGUUAAGAAGUGUUCUUGGUAAAGAUUGCACCUUUUCAGUUAGUUCUUGGCUUUUUUUUCUACAGCCUGCUGAAGGAAACAUUUUUAUUUCUAAUGCUUUAUAAAAAUCUUAGUUCACUUAUUACAUUACAAAGAGACUUUAGAGAUGUAGAUCAGCUGCAGUGGGCUGUUCUGUAGUAAUCUUGUGUCUAUGUCAAUAAAGUCAGUUCAACUUGUAUAAUCUCUUGGACAUUACAGGCUAAAAUCACAUCUUUCAUAACAGUCUGUUUAUUGUACGGUUGAUGAAGCAACAAAGUUAUGUUAAUCUAUUGAUAGUUAUGUUAAUAUCUUCUCAUGACUUUUGUUUGUCCCUUACAAAAAUACGGAGAUAUGAAAGAUUUAGAAGGGAAAAAAGGCAAAAAAAGAAGCUCAAGCCACAUCACAGAAAGAGCCAGGAUGCAGUUACAAACAUAAAGCGGGUUGCAUAAAGGACCAUAACUUACCUUCAUCAGUCAAAGUCACUACUAUUUCCCUGCUUCAGUUGUUUCUGAAGCAGAGAAAAAUAUGUUUUUCCCUAUAUUUGUAUCUUGACAUACUUGGUAUAAAGACUUCUCUCUAUUGGUAUUAAACAAGCCUAAAAUAUAAGCAGACAUGUUGAUAGUUCCACAAGGAAAAUAAUACAUGUUAGAAAAUAAAAUACCUUGCACUGUUUGUACCUUAACCUUCUAAAUAAAAGUUCUGUUCAUUU